AUGGCUGAGAUUAUGAGUAAAGUUGAAUUGAAGAAUGAUUUGUGUUUGAUUGGCACUCUGAAAUCUGUGGACCAGUUCCUAAAUAUCAAGCUAGACAACGUUAAAGUCCUCGAUGAACAAAGAUAUCCUCAUAUGAUGGCUAUAAAGAACACUUUCAUUAGAGGCUCUGUAGUUAGAUACGUCCAGCUACCUUCGGAAUCAAUCGACACUCAACUACUUCAAGAUGCAACUCGCAGAGAAUCUACACGCACAUAA